GCGGGCCGGCGGGGGGUUGGGGGGAGAAGCGAGAGACUAGAGAGUGAGGAGGUGGAGAGAAAAAAAGCCGAGGAGGACGAGAAACAAAAGCACAACCGUGGGUGCCUGCAACAACCAUGAGCCGCGGCGGCUUGCCCUACUCACCAGAGCUGCUGCUCUACCCGUGGACGAUGUCGUGAGGUGUGGCUCGCAACGCUAAGCAGCAGGGAUUCAUUCAGUCAAUCGAAACGACAGUAGCAAGCCAAGGAAGGCUGCUGCUGGUGGAAAAGAUGUCGACCGCCUCGGUGGGGCCCCAGGGCGGCCCUCGCCCACCCACCGCGCCGCCGACCGUUCCCGAACUGCCGGACCUCAGCCAUCUCACGGAGGAGGAAAGGAAAAUAAUCAUGGCCGUAAUGGAUCGGCAGAAGGAGGAAGAGGAGAAAGAGGAAGCCGUGUUAAAGACGCUGCACCAGCAGUUUGAGAGUUACAAGGAGCAGGUGCGUCGCAUCGGCGUGGAGACGCGGCGCCAGCAGCAGGGCCAGCACAAGGACGAUGCCCCCACCUGCGGCAUCUGCCGCAAGACCAAGUUCGCCGACGGCUGCGGACACCACUGCUCCUACUGCCAGACCAGAUUCUGUGCCCGCUGUGGCGGACGCGUCUCCCUGCGCUCCAACAACGAGGACAAAGUGGUAAUGUGGGUAUGCAACCUGUGCCGUAAGCAACAGGAGAUCCUCACCAAAUCGGGAGAAUGGUUUUCGGGGCCGGGGGCGAGGCAGAUGAGCCUGGAUGGCGGCCUGAACGCCCCGCCCACGGGGGGUGACACCCAACGGGGGGACAGGAAGCUACUCCGCUCCAGGUCCCAGGCUCCGCCCUCUUCCAGCGGUAACGCAGGGGCGGCGCCCGACGGAACGCAUCAGCCGCCAACGGUACCGGCCAAGGGAGCGUUGGACACCAUGCCGGCGUCACGCGCUCGGAGUGAACCACCACGAGACAAGAAAAGACCUGUGUCCCUCCAUGAACAGAACGGUAAGCCUGGCGGUCCUGGUCGUGGUAGAGGAGGCCGGGGACCCCCAGGGAAGCUUCAGACCGUGGCCUCCCAGGAGGAGUUCUGUGGUCCCGGGGACAUAGACUGGCGGGACGGCCGGCACCUGGAGAAGGUCCGCUCCCAUGACUACCCCGACGGCGGCGACCAAGGAAAUCGCCCCGACCUCCGGAGACGCCCCCCGGAGGAGGAUGAGCUGGAGCGCAAGCGGCGCCAAGAGGAGGAGUUCCAGGCACGUUACCGCAGCGACCCCAACCUGGCGCGCUACCCAGUCAAGCCGCAGAAGGAGGAGCAGGAGAUGCGCAUGCACGCCAAGGUGUCGAAGGUGCGCCACGAGCGGCGCCACAGCAACAACGCCAUCAAUGAGGUGGGGCUGGAGGGCGGGGGAGGAGGGGGAGGGAACAUGGGGGAUGUG